UAGUAUUAAUUUAUAAUCUCAAAUGAACGGUCGAUCUUAAACGUAAAAAGAAAAUAAUUAAAAUUUUUUAAUAAAAAUAAGAAUAAAAAUAAUAAAAAAAAAUAAAAAUACAAAUGGUUAAUAUGGAGAAAACUUUACAUAUUUUAUCAAAUGCUACCGGCACAAAUACAGAGCUUUUAAAUAUAACACUUUCACCAGGAGUUGAUGACAUUGUAGUUCAACUAGAUCUAGAUCAAAAUGAAUGCGGUAAAACCAGUAGAUCAACAAGUUCAAGUAGUAUAAAUUUAAAUUCUCAUCAUGAAGUUUUUCAAGAAAUAUUACUACAGGUGACAAAAACUCCUUAUGAAGUGAAUUUUUUAAGUAUUUUACAUCAUUUGCUUCGUAUCGAUCCAGAUGGUCCAUUAUGCGGUGAAAUCUGGAAAGUUGCAGAAAAGAUACUGCAUCGUGUUACGCAAAUGGAAAGUGCUGAAGAUGUUGAACGUUUGCUUAUAGCAACGGUAAAUCGUAAAUUUUCCUGUCAAAAUUGUAGUUCUAAGAUAGUGGAGACAAACGAUGAGGAAUGUAAUAAUUGCGAUAAAUUGCCAAGCAUAACAACUACUUCUCCUCCACCUACACCUAGUUCAGCGCCACCACCUCCUCCUCCACCAGCAUCUGGUAGUUUACCGCCCCCACCACCUCCUCCUUUGGUGCCAGGUUUGCCACCUCCACCCCCUAUUCCUGGAGUUCCACCACCUCCACAACAAAUGUCAUGUGCCCUAGUGCCCCAACAAAAUAUACCAAAAUCAAGCACUAAAUUAAGAAUGAUUAACUGGUCCAAAAUUCCCGCACAUAAAUUCCAAAACAAAUCAAAUAUAUAUACAACAAUAAAAAUGAAUGAUCGACAAUGCAAAAAUGCGAUCAAUUUUAAAAGUAUCGAAGAACUAUUCUCUUUACAAACAAAGAAAAAACCUAACAAAGAAGUCGAUCAGGUGGAUGGUUGUGAUGCGAGUAAAAAAAUUGAAAAGGGUCCUAAAAAACUACAAUUACUGGAUGGUCAGUUUAGUAUGAAUAUAAGUAUAUUCUUAAAGCAAUUUAAAGGUUAUAGUUUAGAAGAUAUUGUGCAACUAAUUGAGACGGGCGAUAAUAAAACUAUGGAUCUGGAGAGACUGAAAGAUUUGGUUAAAUUUUUGCAAAAGGAAGAUGGUGUGAAAUCUGUAGAAACAUUUAAAGGAGAUGAUAAACUUUUAGCAGAUGCUGAAAGAUUUUUAUAUUUACUGUUAAAAGUGCCAAACUUUAAAUUGCGCAUAGACAGCAUGAUACUUAAAGAAGAAUAUAGGUUAAAUUUAACAUAUUUGGAGCCUUCCCUAAAUGCCAUAAUACAAGCUGGAAAUGAUCUUAUGAAGAGUGAAAAGCUAAAAGAGGUUUUAGGUUUUAUUAUAUUGCUAGGAAAUUAUGUAAAUUCCGGCGGUUAUGCUGGUAAUGCAAUUGGCAUACAAAUAUCUUCUUUAACAAAAUUAACAGAAUUAAAAGCUAAUAAAACCGGCAUGAAUUUCUUGCAUAAAAUUGUCAUGGAACUUGAGAAUUAUAAUGCCGAACUACUAGACUUUACUAGUGAGUUAAGCUUUUUGCAAAAUGUCUACAAAAUGAAUAUUGAUGAAAUCGAAAAUGAUUUUAAAAACUUGGAAAAUGCCUUGGAUAUUAUAAGAAAACAAAUCGAAUUGCCCACCACUCAAGAGGAUAUCAAACAGCAAAUGUGGGAAUUUUUAAACAAUGCAGCAGAUAAAAUAGAAACGUUGAAAAAACUACUUGAUCAAAUGAACACUUUACGCAUAACAAUGGCUGAAUAUUUCUGCGAAGAUGUGGCCACUUUUAAAAUGGAGGAAUGCUUUGAUAUAUUCUACAAGUUUUGCGAACAAUUCAAACAGUGCUUAAAGGAGAAUCAAAAACGUCAAGAGUUGGAAAUUCGAGAAGAAAUGAGACGCAAACAAAGGGAGGAUCAACAUUUAGCUGUAAAUGUUUUAUAUGCCAAUAAAGAUCGCCUAUCACAAGCCAUAUCUUGUCGUUUAACAUCUAACAAAACUACGCGAUCAUCUAAAUGUUAUCAAAAUAAUGAAGAUGAAUUAAUGGCAUUUUUCCAAGAAACCCCACAAAAACGUAUGGGUGAAAAAGUAUGUAAACGUAAACCACGACUAAAAGCUGAAUUGCUAAAUGAAAGAGAACGUAUACCCUCAUGGGAAUAUAAUAAUGAAAAUAUUGAAGAAACUUUAACAACAGAUAAACAGAAAAAGUUAAAUAUUGUUAAGAAGUCAUGGAGUCGAUUAAUGCAAAGCUAUAGAGACUCUCAACUCAAAGACAAAUGUCUAACGCCCGACCUUACGGCCAGACGUCAAAGUAUACAAAUACUCAUACGAUCCAACUCUACGGUGGAUAAUAGAACAAACAAACUAAGGAAACAACCUUUUGUAGAAAAUGUCGUAAGAACACCUCUACCACAAACGGACUCAGUUUUUAUAUUCCCCGAAAACAAUUGCCAAAACGAAAGAAGAAAUCAAAUAGAAUUCGAAAACUCAAAAAGUCAAAAUCCUAGAAUAAGAAAAAUUCUUAAUGACUCAAAUGGUAAACAUGAUAGUGAGGCCGUUGCAAUGCCAGCCGACAUGAAACGUCCUAGAAUGUCUUUAAAAACCGUGGCAAACAUUGCCAGACUUAAGCGUUUCAGUUCGAUAACUGAAGAAGAUAUAAAGAUGACAAAGGCUAAUCUACGCUCACCCAGUCCAGAGCUAUCGUCCACAACAUUAUUAGCCUUUAGUCCAACUUUAGCGAAAGACCAUCAUUGGUUCUCAGAUCGAGGAUUAAAGGUAUUAAAUAGUGAUAAUGAUAAUAUUGAAGCUAAUGCAACAUUGCAAGAUAUAAAAGAAAAUCUUGGCGAUAUUCCUGUUGGUUUAGAUCGACCAGUAGAUAUACCCUGUACCAAAUCCAUUGAACUAACAAAAAAUGCAAAUAUUACUAACCAACAAGAUCUAGAAUCAAAAUUAUUACCUAGUGAUCAAGAUAAAGCCGAACAUUUUAACAAAAUAAUAGAUACAAGUUCCAGUGAAAUAAAAAUAAAGCAAAAUAAGACAUGUAAAGUUCAUUCCGAAAUUUUAGAACUAUUAAAUAACAAUUCUAUAAAUCAUUGCAAAGCAAAUGACGAUAUCUUAUCAAAACACAAUGCACUUAACUUAACAACUACGAAAUCAAGUAAAAAACUUCCUGAAAUAGUUGAUCUAACAGAAAAUAAAGCUAAUGAACUUCAAAGUGAUAUCAUAGAGACAUUAAAUAACAAUCCAAAAGAUCGGUGUAAUAUAAAUAACGAUAUUUUGCCAGAGGAUAACACAAUAGUUGAAAUUAUUACAGAAAAAGAGAAAUCAAAUAAGGAACUUUCUAAUGAAAAUCAAUUCGAAAUUCCGGAGCCAUUAAAUGACGAUCAUAAAGAUCAGUAUAAAUCCAACAAAGAAACAUUGAAAGAAACGAUUACAGAAAAUAAAGAGUCAAUUCAAAGAUUACAGGAAAAUGAACCUCAAUUCGAAAUUCCAGAGCUAUUAAAUGACGACAAUAAAAAUCAAUUUGAAGUAAAGAAAAGUAUUUUACCAGAGAACAAUACAUUGAAAGAAACGUGUGCAGAAAUCAAGGCACCAAGUAAAAAACUCCCUGAAAUCGAUAAUACUAAAGAUCAGUCUAACGAUAUUUUGCCAGAGGACAAUACAUUAAACCAAACUAUUAUACAUAUUGAGGAAUCAAGUAAUAACAUUAUUUCAAAACCUAAUAUAAGCUUGAUGACUAAAAUUCAAAACAAAUUAAGAGCUUUAUCACCCCUACGACCAGCAAAAGUAGAACUGCUUUCAAAUUCUACAGAUAAUAAGGAUAAAAUUCAAACAGAACACACCGAUAUGAAUUGUCACACAAAUGAAACAAUAAACAAAAAUCAAAGUCACGAAAAGUCUCGGGAGGAAAUGUCCCUAGAUGCAGCUGCUUCUACUGAAGUUCAAAACAAUAAAACUAUUCAAACAUCACUGCAGAUCAAGCAUAAACAAACUAUGUCCAAACGCGUAGUGAAUCGUAUUCAAAAUAAGUUAAGAGCCCUUUCACCAUUUCGAUUACAAUCCCAACAAGAGGCAAAUUUUCAAAGUUAUAUUGGACCGGUAGACAAAAGCAAUAAUUGUAAAGGAACAAAACCAAAACUUACCGUUAAAAGUAAAAUAAUUUCUUCUCACAAUAAUAACCGUCGUUCAUCAUUAACUACUGACUCCCUAAAAGCAAAUCACAUGGAUGCUAACAAAAUCAAACGUAAACCCUCCUUAACGAAAGACAAUAUUCAUUUAGAGGAACAUUCCCUUGGCAAGAUAAAUAGUUUACAAAGAAAUACAAGUCAACAAAGAUUAUCACGUCAGAGUUUGCGUUCUUCUAUAAACUCCACAAGAAGUAGUAACAUUUCACUUAAUGUUGUUGAAAGAAAAUCGCAUAAGUCUUCGCUCAACUCCUCUAAAAAUCUUAAUCAACGUCGAGCUAGUUUACAAAAUACUACAAAAGUUUCAUUAACUCCAGACAAUGAAAAACAAUUAAGUUCUUCCAAACAUAUUCAACGUAGAUCUAGUUUUCCUUCUCUAAAUAACUCUACAAAUUCCACACAGCGAAAAGCUAGCAUCGCAUCUAACCGUUCUUCUACUACUGCUUCACAGCUUCGGGAAUCUGGAAAAACUAUUAAAAUCUCUUCGAACAAUAAUAACACAAUCUCAAAAACGCCAUCAUUAAAAAAUACAACCAGCAAUGUCAAUACAAAACCCCCUAACUCUUCAAAACCGGCAGAUCGUAGUAAAAUUAUAGGAAAAUCUUCUUCAAAACCGGAAAAUAUAAAUACUCCUUUAGGCAAUAGUACACAGCGAAGAGUCAGUUUACCUUCCAUAAAUACCUCCACAAAUACUACACAACGUAGAGCUAGUUUGGCAUCAAGACGUUCUUCGCUGAACUUUACGAAAAUUCAAGAGUUUGGAAAAAGUAAUGAAAAAUCUUUAAGCCAGAACACAACACAAAAACUAGUGCCAAAAAAUGCAUCCCUAACUACUAAUAAUAAACUCUCAAAUGUUAGUAAAAGUUCAUCCUUUAAAACUUCCAAAACAACAGAUAUAAUGCCAACAACAGCCAGAAGAAAUUCUUUAACUUCUAGCAAUACUCACAAUACAAAAAUUUCAAAUACAAACACAAAUUCUUUAUUACGACGAGGCAGCCUACAAUCGUCUGUACCUAAGAGAACUUCUGUAACUUCAAGCAAUAAAUCUAAUAUAAAUCAUUCAUUACAAAAAGAUGGCACAAAAUCGUCUUCUGCUAACGCUAACUCGUCAACGUUUAAAACUCGUAGAAAAAGCAUAGCAAACACUUCCUCAAUAAGUUCGAAUUAUGAAAAUGAUACAAUCACUUCUUCCAAUUUAAAUAAACUCAAAUUAAAUUUGCCUUCCAAUUCCUUAACAAAUAAUACAGCACAAAAUGAUAGCAUUACAUCUAGUAGUACAUUAAAUACAAUCCCAGCACGAAACGGUAUUGCAAAAACUUCCGCUGCAAAAUCUGCACAAAGGCGAAACGGUACUGGCAAAAUUUCGAGUAAUAAUCCUUCUACAGCUGAGCAAAAUUUUAAACGGCCUUGCAAAAAAUAA